GGGGUUGUGUGGAGUGGUCGACAGUAGUGCCGUAUUGGGACUGGAUUUAGGAGUGGAAGAGGGAGAGGAGUGACAUGGGGCAGCUCAUUCUUGGGAGUAGAAUGGCAGCUGGUAGGCGGAGCCUAGUAGAUAGAAUGCCAGUCGGUGGGCGAAGUCUAGUCAAUCCCAGGGUAAGCCAAUAUAGCAACAGGCCCCAUGAGAGAGAGAGCGAGAGAGCGAGAGAGCGAGAGAGAGAGAGAGAGAGAGAAAGAGAGAGAGAGAGAGAGAGAGAGAGAGAGAGCGAGAGAGAGAGAGAGAGACUCGAAGACAGACAGUCUAGUACUGUGAGACAAACGGACAGGAUACGGUCAUACCCUGGAAUAUAACACGUUUUGGGACACUUACCACCACCUGCCUAUAUAGACUUCCAGCUGUCUGGCUCCACUUCGACUAGCUCCUCCCCCUGCGCCCUAUCGGUGGGUAGGUAUGAUGCUGACCAGGGGGAGGUGACAGGAGGAGCUUUGUCCACCAUGGCCUUGGAGCAGAGAGGACCACCUCAGGAGGGCCUUUCCCUCUCAGCUCCUCACCUCAGGGGGUCCUGGGGGGAUGGCUUGCACCCUAGGCCCCUGGUCAUGCCCAAAGCCACGCAUAUCACCAGGCCCCAGAACAUGCCCCUAGCCUCGACCCUAACCAUUCCCCUGACCACACCCCUGACCACUCCGGGCCAAUCAGAAGCUGGUUCUGAUUCAGAGGGGGAGUAUGUGGAACUUGAGGAACUGCCGUCUCUCUCACCGCAACACACCCUAACUCAAUGCAUCAGCCUUGGUUACCAACGCACACCUGGACACACACCUGGACACACACCUGGCUCAGCAACACAAACAUCUGGACACACACCUGUAUCGGCAACACACACACCUGGAAUCACACCUGGCUCAGCAGCACACUCGGCGGGGGACACACCUGGAUACACACCUUUAUCAGCAACACAUACACAGGGACUCACAGCUAUAUCAUCCACAUACUCACCGGGACAAACAUCUAGCUUAGCAACGCACACAACUGGACUCACACCUGUAUCACCAACACACACAGCUGGACUCACACCUGUAUCACCAACACACACACCUGGACUCACACCUGUAUCAGCAACACACACACUGGGAAAAACAUCUGGCUUAGCCACACACACAACUGGACUCACACCUGUGUCAGCAAGUCAGAGCGGGAAGGGGACCCCACUCAGGGCACCUGGAGGUCAGCCAGUCCGGCCCAGCGAGGACACCCAGAGACACUCCUUCAUCCAGCCACUCACCAACUCCUGCAGCCAGCACCUCCUCACCGCGCUCAGCCAUCCGCCUGCAGAAGAGCCAGAAGAAGGGUUAACAAAGUCCUUAAAGGACUUGUUCACUGACUCGUUAACGGGCUCGUUGACAGUAUCAUUACCUGAGAGGCCGACCACAGACGCCAGGAGGCAAAACCUCCCGGUCGGCAGUCAUGUGAUGUCCCGCGGUGUUCUCUGCCUUCCUGGCAGCAGAGACCACCGCGGGGGGGCCGUAGUUAUUGUGUGGACCAACAGCAGUAUCUGGUGGCGUUGCAGCAGCAAAGAGCUGCUGGACAUCUUCCUUUACUUCUCCUCCAUCAGCAGGAAGGAAGUUCUUGCGUUAGGGCUCACAGUGCUUGUGGACGUCCGCAGCUCUUCGUUUCCCCCACUCCUCACACACACACUGUGCUACCUGCAGAAAAAUAUGGCAGGUUUCAUUCAUUCCGUGCUGCUAGUGGCUAACAGAGAUGACGUAGAUAUGGACAGGCCCCCUGCAUCUCAGGUGGUCACUAUAAAUGGUCUCCAGAGGUUUGUCGAUGUGUCUCAGCUCCCUGUAGAGAUGAACGGUUCCUUCUGCUACUGCCAUCAGAGCUGGCUCUGCUUCAGAUCACACGUGGAGAAGUUGACCAGACAGUGUGAAGAUGUCAUCAGCCUUCUGCAGAAAAACAUCCAAUGCCUUGAGUAUAAGCCCCUACCACUUUCUAAGGAGGUCACGCCCCUCCCCCAUUCCACAGAGGCCACGCCCCUCCCACAGUCUACUGAGGAGGUGCAGGUGUCGCUGGCCAGGUACAGGUGCGUUAUGAGCAAUGUCCUUCAGGACAGCCGAUUGGUUGACCUACAGAAGGAGGGCGGAGCUUCUCUGUGUCUCCUCCGUCGGGAGGAAAGCAGCUUCAACCAGACGGACGAUUACAGGGAGGCGGUGGGUGGAGUAGAGUGCCUGUACCAGCAGGUGGAUGAGCUUAUCCACGGUCUGGUGAAGCUCUGCAAUGCCGGGGGCAGGCAGAGGGACUUCAUCCUGGCGUUCAGCAGCUUGGAGCAGGGUUUCAGCCAGGUGCGGGGGUGGAUACAGCAGGUGGGAUACCCCACCCUCAGGCCUCUGGGGGAGCUGGAGGGCUCCUCUCUGGAGCAGAUCAACAAGAAACACCAGGACUUCAAGCAGUUCCGCCUCACUGCUGAUCGCGUCUGUCGGCAGGGGCAGGGUCUUCUCCAGAGACUCAACCAAUGGGACGACCUGUCCUCAUCCUUGCUGGACCCCUACAGGGUCAAAGUUCACUCUCUGAGGUCAGAGCUGUGGGAGUUCUCUGAAAGAGUGGAGGCUACCGGGGCACGCCUCAACAAGACCCUCUCCCUCUACAAGUUCUGCAACAAGGCGUAUGAUUCAGCGCUGCAGGGCUUGCGUUACCUUGUAACCAUCCCUAUGCAUGACUGUACUGAAGCGGCUAAAUGCCAGGCUGUGAUCGAGCGCCUGGAGAGCUACCGCAGCCAGCACCCGCCGAUCCCUGAGCACAAGUUCAUGGAGAUGAGGGUGGAGGCCGAGGAGCUGACGGAGGCCGAGGAGGCCGUCCCUCUCCAGCUCUGGACCUCCUCCAGGAAGUGGUAUCAGGAGACCAACCAGGAGUUCCACAGCAAGAUGGAUGCCGCUCUCAGAACCAGAGACCGACUCCAGCUCGGCAGCCCCUCAAACACCUCCUCCCUCCCCCUAACCACCACAUCCCCCCAGCCCUCCUGCCCUGGGACUCCACCCAGCUCCCCUGGGACUUCGUUCUCCUCCUCCCAAGAUACCCUGCCCUACUCCCAUGUGACGCCACCACCCUCCAAUGAGACUCUGCCUUCCUCCCAUGUGACUGCACCCUCCCCCUGUCAUGUGACUCCACCCUCAUCCUACGUGAACACGUCCUCCUCCGAUGUGACUCGACGCUUCUCCUAUGUGGCUCCGCCCUCCUCAUCAGUGACCCCUGUGGCUCCACCCACCUCCUCAGUGACUCGUCGUUCCUCUAUGAGUCCUCCCUCCUAUCACGAGCCUCCGCCUUUUCAGUGGAGACGGGACAGUAAGGCGUGGUGUAGCCCCGACCCCUCCACCCUUCACGAGAUGCCCAGCCGGGGGCGGGGUCUCCGUAAGUCCCAGAGCCUUGACCACGCCCCCUGCCCCACCCCGGCCUGGCCGCCUCGCAGAGGGAACACCGGGGUCCACAUCAAAGGGCUGGAGAUCAGCCACUCCCAGCCCCGCCCCCUCAGCGCCGCCCAGAGCCCAUCCCCCACACCCUCCCACAGGGCUCAACCCAGCACCAAGGCCAGCAAGCAGCAGCACAUCGUGGACGAGAUGGUCUCCACGGAGCGGGAGUACGUGCGCUCCCUGCGCUACGUGACCCAGCAGUACUUCCCGGAGAUGGAGCGGCCGGACCUGCCCCAGGAGCUCCGGGGCCAGCGCUGCGUCGUGUUCGGGAACCUGGAGAACAUCCUGGACUUCCACUCCCAGUUCUUCCUCAAGGAGCUGGAGGCCUGCUGGAGACACCCGCUGAGGGUGGCCCAGUGCUUCCUACGCUACAAGGAUCAGUUUGGACUGUACGCUCUCUACAGUAAGAACAAACCCAAGUCUGACGCCCUGCUGGCUAGCCAUGGAAACUCCUUCUUUAGGGUGAAGCAGCUCAGUCUAGGGGACAGGUUGGACCUGGCCUCCUACCUGCUGAAGCCCAUCCAGAGGAUGAGUAAGUACGCGCUCCUCCUGAAAGACCUCCUCAAGCAGCUCAGCCCGGCGGAGGAGGAGGGGUUUAACGCCCUGCAAGCAGCCAAUCACAUGAUCAGCUUUCAGCUUCGCCACGGCAACGACCUGCUGGCCAUGGACGCCAUCCGCCUCUGUGAUGUGAACCUGAAGGAGCAGGGUGCUCUGCUACGACAGGACCGCUUCACUGUACUGUCCGGGAGGAAGAAGAGUCUUCGUCACGUCUUCCUGUUUGAGGAGCUCCUCCUCUUCAGCAAACCCAGAGCUGUGGAAGGAGGCGUCGACCUCCUCUACAAACACUCAUUCAAGACAGCAGACCUGGGUCUCACAGCGUCCGCCGGGGAUGGCGGUCUACAGUUUGAGGUGUGGUUCAGGAAGCGUUGGUCCAGGAGCCACGCCCUCACCCUUCAGGCGUCGUCACAUAAAACCAAACAGGCCUGGACAGAUGACAUCACACACCUCCUCUGGUCCCAGGCCAACAGGAACAAAGAGGUGAGGAUGAAAGAGAUGGUGUGUAUGGGAGUGGGCAGUAAACCGUUUUUGGACAUCAAAGAGACUGAUGCAGCCAUCAGCGACCGGUCUGUAAACUUUGUCAUGAAAAAGAGAGGUGCACGGACCCGAGCCUCCAUCGCGGUCUCUGGGUUUGACCACAUCUCUCUGACCUCCAACCUAAUAGGCUCCCGGCUGGGAUCCUUCAACAACCACCUGUACAGCAGGAGGAGUUCCUUGUCAGCUGAGAGCUCCUUCGCCUCCUCAUGUUUAGAAGAGGACACCAGCAGUCUGACGUUUACGACCACAGAGAAUUCCGGGUCGUCCGGCCACGUGUCUGUCUCCAGCGGCUCAGACAGUGGCUGCAUCUCCUCUCACCUGCACGACGGUUCAGCCAAUCCCUCACAAGUAUACACUUACAUUACUAAUACACCUGUACAGGUAGGCACCACAUACACGUACAGGUAUACAUUACAUACACCUGACCAGGUAUACAAUACAUACACCGGUACAGGUAUACACUACAUGCACCUGUACCGGUAUACACUAUCAAUACACCUGUACAGGUGUACACUAGAUGCACCUGUACAGGUGUACACUAUCAAUACACCUUUACAGGUGUACACUACAUACAACUGUACAGGUAUACACUAUCAAUACACCUGUACAUUAAUCAUAGAAUACAUUAUUCAUGCUAGACAAUAUAUCUGAUGUAGUGUUGCUUGGUAUAUCACUAACAUCAUAUACUUUAUUUAAUAUUGUAUAUAUUACAUAUUAUUACAAAUAAAUGUAUAUGCUCGACAUA